ACAAAACAACCACAAGCAGUGGUUUUCAAACCAGUAAUAAUGUUAUUAUUAAAACAUUUCCAUGACUGAGCGUUUGACUGAGGGUCUGUGCCAAACUGCACCACCUGUUUUUGACAGUCAGAGACAGUCAGCAACCAAAGCAAAGGCAACAGACAUGAUUUAGUUUUAGGGGAAUAACAGAAUAGUUUACACCCUCUAAACUUAGAAAUGGCUGACAUAAAACCAAUCACAGGUGCUGCUUCUGAGGUGAGAUGUGAUACACGAGAUCUUGAGCAGAGAAAUGUCAGCGACACAGACCCAGAAGAGGAGAAGAUAAGGUACACAUGUCGGACAGAGGAUUCAAAGAGGACGUGGGAGAUCCCGUCUCUUCAGGAGCUAGAGGAGGUUUUACAUUCAGCGCCACGCUCCUGUCGCCACGGAGAUGAGGUGUGGCCGAACCUGUAUCUGGGAGACAUGUUUAUGUCGCACGACAAGCUCAGGCUCUGGCAGCUGGGCAUCACUCAUGUGCUGAAUGCAGCGCAUGGAAAACUGUGCUGUAAGGGCAGUGAUGAUUUUUAUGGCACCACUGUGAAAUACUACGGAGUCCCAGCCAACGACCUGCCAACAUUUGACCUUUCACCUUUUUUCUACCCUGCUGCUGAGUUCAUUCACCAGGCUUUGACGUCAGGAGGAAAGGUAUUUGUGCACUGUGCUGUGGGUGUGAGUCGCUCGGCUGCUUUGGUCCUAGCGUACCUGAUGAUUCACCACCACCUCAGUCUUCUGUCCUCUACACACUGUGUGCAGCAGAAACGCUGGAUUUUCCCAAACAGAGGCUUCCUGCGACAGCUUAUAGCCCUGGACCGAAAACUGCAGGACGAAGGGUUGAAUGAAACGAAAUAA